GCGAUGCCUUCUUUUGGGUUCACGUGUAACCGAGCUAAAACAUGGCGUCUCUCGUUGAAGCAGUUGCUGUUUCGGACAGCGGAGAGUAUUUGGCGCAUUCCAGCUCCGAUGGCCGGUUAAAGUUAUGGGACACGUCAACGGGUAGACUGAAGCAAGAGUACACGCCGAGCGCGCACCUCUCCGCAAAGUGCACUUGCCUGUCCUGGGGACCUACGCGGCAGGGCUUCGCGACGCACAAGAAGAGAAAGCGGCAAAAAACAAGCGACGAUGCUGCCGAUGCCUUGUCUGAAGCCAGCCUCUUGGCGAUGGGGACAGCCGAGGGAACCGUUCUGCUGUACAGCCUCACCAGAGGAGAUCUGCACAGCGAGCUCACAGGAGGCCACACAGCAGCUGUAAAUGGCGUCUCGUGGCACGCCAACUCAGACUCGCUGUUCAGUGUUUCUGAUGACCAACACAUCGUUCACUGGAGUGUCUCCUCAAGCAAGGUCAAAAGUAAAUGGAAAGCCGAUCGUCACAGUGUCUAUGCCGUUGCUGCCGUCGAUGCCAACACAGUACUCACAGCCAGCAGCAGUAUCAAGUGGUGGAAUGUAGACACAAAAUCAAUCGUAAUGAAGUUCACAGGUCACGUAACCGAGGUGAGACAGAUUUUGCCUGUGUUUGUGCCCAGCAAGACCAGUGAAGGGAGAACCUACUUUCUGACUUGUGCAGCCAACGAUCGGCAAGUGAGUGCAUGGCACCUUGAGAAAGGAGCCAGUUCAAGCUCAUUGGCCAACUUUGUGCUCUCGGAGGAAGCAGUACACAUCAGCAUUUCACAUACAUCAGAGAACAGCAAGACGGCACACCUCUCAGCAGUGACCAAGUCCGGUGCCCUGCAUAUAUUUGAACUGCAGCUGAACGGGCGCUGCAGGACACCCGUGCAGCCCAAGUUCACCGUGCAGGUGGCCACCGAGACCCAGAAUGGCAAGGCACCCAAGCCACAGCCAGUGGCCAUCCUGGCGGCCGCCUUCUGCCCCACUGGCGACCGCCUUCUACUCUGCUACAACAGCUUCCUGUCGCCUAGCUUCGAGCAUCUGAACAUCGCAACAGACCUGCGUGAACAAACAUGGCUGGUUCGGCAGGUGAAGCCACCUGUUUCCUGCAGUACGGAGGAUGGCAUUUCCCAGGUCAAGCAACCAGUGCAACCCACACGAGAGGUGACGACGCUGGCCCCCGGCCAUUUGGCACCCAGUAUCGGCAAGCGCAAGACACCGGCCGACUCUAUGGGACAGCUGCCCAUGGAGGAACGGCUUCUGGCCGUCGCACAGGCGAGUGGCAAGGAGCCCCCGCGGGCAGACAACCUGUCGCAGCUGCUGCUGCAGGGCCUGCAGAGCGAGGACCCCAGGCUGCUAAACAGCGUGCUCCAGCGGACGGAUGAAGCAUUGCUGCGCAACACGGUGCGGAGGCUGCCACUGUCCAGUGUCAUGUCCUUGUUGAAGGAGCUGCAGCAGCGGAUGCACAGCCGUGGAUCUGGGGUGUACCCCUACAUGAAGUGGACCAAGACGGUGGUUUCAACGCACACCUCCUACCUGAUGACGUGCAAGGAGGCCGGUACACUACUCAAACCGCUGCUUGAGCUGCUCGAAGCUCGGACCGAGAUGUUCGAGAAGGUCUGCAGGCUCAGGGGCAAGGUGGACCUCAUCAUGGCACAGGUGGCAACAAGGCACGAGGCUGUGGAAUUGCCUACCGAGCCUCUCUGCCUCGUGAAUGAUGACUCAUCAGAUGAUGACAUGGACCAGGACCCAGAGGGCCCGGACACUGACGGAGAAGAGAGCAACAUCUGGGAGCUGUCGGACGGUGAAAGAAGCCAGAGCGAAGCAGACGAGAACUCUGGUGUAGAAGAUGGAGAAGCUGGUUCUGAUCAAGAAAGCAGCCAAGACGAAGAUGAUGGUUCGGACAUUGCAUGACAGCAGCAUAUGUACCAUGUACAGAUCAAAGAUGUCUUGUAAAAAUAUGCAACACUCAUUGCACCAAUUAAAGAAAAGCAGCCGUGCA